GGGACACGCGGAAAGGUCGCAGUGCGGCGCCGCGCGGUGGAGAGGUCGCGCGGGACUGGGAGGAUGGUGAUGAUGGUGGCGGUGAAGCCAGCUGCUGUAAGGGUUCGGUGUGUUCGCCCAGAUGUGGACUGAUGUUACCUUCACUCUGAUCGACUCAGUAGCGCCUCCCAGUGCGCAUGCACAGCGGACCUGCAGCAGGUCCAGGUCCAGACCAGACCAACAGAACCGGACAGUGAAGCUUUUGGGUUUUACUGGUUUUACUCUAGAUUCCCCUGGUGCGUUCAGGUGCUGAUGGGAAAUCACAACGUCCGAUUUAGGUGAAAUGUUUAGGUUUUAUUCGGUUUUUGGUUAAAGGAAGUGUUUAGCUCAACAUCCACUCUGACGUCAGAGAUCACCUGACUCAACAGGCACGUGUUUCUGAUGCUAAAGGACAGUCAACCUGAGCCCAGGUGUUUGAUCCAGAUGUUUGAGUCGCUUCAGCCCGGAUUUUGAGUCUGCUGUGACAUCAGAGCACCACUCAUCCAGUGAUCCGUUUGGGUUUGUGGGUUCUGUUACAUCACAGAACCGGACCUCUAUACCGGUUUCACUUCAGACACCACGAUGCGUUCACUGACUGCCAGAAACUCCUGUAAAACUCUGAUCAACAGUUUUCAGUUUCAGCUGACAGACAGUUCUUCUGAUUCUCUGACCCAUUUGGGUGAAUGAGUCCAGAGGUUCUGAUAUCCGCAUCUGACUUCCUGUUGGUUUCUCCCUUCCCCCGGGAUGAUCCCAGGUCAGAUGUUUAGGACCUGACUUACAACAGGAUGGAGAGAAGUCCGGAUCGGUUCUGGUUUUGGUUUUAGUAUUGGGUUUGUUCGUGUUCAGCACCAGGCGGCGGAUCUAAAACUGAUCUGAGGUCAGAAUUCGAGCUGCCUCUUGAUCCAUGACAAACUCAGACCCCGGCAUCACUCGCUCCUCCUCCACCUCCCUCUGCCUGAGUAGGAGACCCAGAAGGAGGAGGAGCUGGCUGGAUCUUGUGUAAUGGGUUCUUGAGUGAAACUGGGUCACUGAGUUUCUCCUCACCAGCUGGUUUCCACGGUAACUUGGACUUGGCUUUAUGUAACUACUUGGUUGAGAUGCUGCAGCGACUCACCCUCCUGACCUCCUCUAGUCUGGUCUUCAUCAGAAGUCCUCCUGAAGGAUCUCGUUUGGACUUUGGUUCCAGCUCUCUAGAUAAACCAGGUCAGAGUUCAGCUGAAGGAUGUGGAAAAUCUGAAACGUUGAACAUUCUGUUUGUGUUCAGAUUCAUCUGCACCUUCAUCCUCCUCCUGACAGAGAAGUGCAUCAUGGGAUCUGUAGUCCUGCUGGUCUUCGCUCUGUUGACAUCAUCAGUGUGUGCUGGGGUGGGCGUCAUGAAGCUAGGAGGCGGAGCAUCCUGUCCUCUGCAGUGUGUGUGUGAGACUCGACCCUGGUACACACCUCAGUCAGUCUACCACCAGGCCAGUACGGUGGAUUGUAACGAACUCCACCUGCAGAGAGUCCCUGCAAACGUCUCAGCUGACACACAGGUGCUGCUGCUGCAGAGCAACAACAUCUCCUUCAUCAUGACCGAGCUGCAGAACCUGACCAACUUGACUGAGCUUGAUCUGUCACAGAACCACUUCACACAGGUGAGUUCCAUGGGCCUGUCCUCUCUGGGACGUUUGGUGACUCUGUAUCUAGAGGAGAACCUGAUUGAAGAGUUGGAGGACUUCAGUCUGAGGAACCUUUCCAGUCUGGAAGAACUCUACAUAAACCACAACCGGAUCUCCUCCAUUGGGCCCAGAGCCUUUGCCGGCCUCACAAACCUUCUGCGACUCCAUCUGAACUCCAACCGCCUGGUAGCCAUCGACAGUCGUUGGUUUGAGUCCCUGCCAUCUCUGGAGAUCCUGAUGAUUGGAGAGAACCCCAUUCUGGGUCUGGAGGAGAAGAACUUCCUGCCUCUGUGUCGCCUCCACAGCCUGGUUCUGGCUGGAAUGGGUCUGAUCUCCGUCCCCUCUGCUGCCUUCAUUGGCCUCGACAGCCUGGAGAGUCUCUCUUUCUACGACAACCGGCUCAGGUCUGUUCCUCGGGAUGCUCUGAGCGUUCUCCCAAACCUGAAGUUCCUUGACCUGAACAGGAACCCCAUCAGUCGGAUCCAGCAGGGAGAUUUUCAGAACCUUCAACACUUGGAGGAGCUCAGUUUGAACAACAUGGAGGAGCUGCUGAUGGUGGAACAGGGAGCUUUCCAGAACAUUCCAGAAAUGGCCAAACUGGAGCUGUGCAACAAUCCUCGGUUGUCCUACAUCGACCCGCAGGCCUUCAGUGGCUUGUCCUCCCUCCGGACUCUCGUCCUCCACAAUAACCAGCUGAGCCUCCUGUCCAGCGACCUCCUCUCCUCCCUCCCCUCUCUAGAGGAGGUGUCUCUGCACUCCAACCCCCUGCGCUGUGACUGCCUCACCUCCUGGGGGCCUCAUCUUGGCAACCAAUCCCACCUUAAGCUGCUGGAGUCAUUCAUCACAGUCUGCUCCUCCCCCCCACACCUGAUUGGUCGGGAGCUACAGGAGGUGGUAGCAGGCGGAUGGGGCGGGGGUGGAGCCAACAGCUGCUUGCCUCACAUCUCUCCUCACUCCUUCCCGCCAAUCCUGAACAUCAGCGAGGGACAGCCAAUCACACUGGAGUGUUGGGCCGAUGCCGACCCCGCCCCUCAGUUUUACUGGGUGACACCGACAGGACACAAGGUGAGCUCUGAGGGGGUGGCGGCUCCCGUCGCGUCAGAACAGGGGCGUGGCCUGAACCGGAGGACCAAGCACCGGAUGUUAGAACCAGGAGCUUUGGUGAUGGAACACGUGGAGAUGUGCGACACAGGUGUGUACACCUGUGUGGCCUGGAACGCGGAAGGAGCAGACACCAGGAGUGUCUCUGUCUCCGUGGAGCCUCAGGGUUCUGCCGGGUCUUGGCAGAGGGGCGCCGAGUCCAGGAGAGAAGAGCUUCUGUCGGGGAACUGGUCCAGCUCCUCUCUGGUGGUCGUCGCUAAGGUGGUGCAUGCCCAGUCGGUGGUGUUGGAGUGGAGGUUGUACCCCUCCAGAGAAGCUUCAGCUGCAGGUCGGGACCAGCCUUUUCCCCAGUGGACCAGAGCUAGUGUGCACAUCAACAACUCUCAGAUCAGUUACACCUCCGAGGUCCCGGCUGAUGUUCAGGAAUACAAUCUGACUCACCUCCUUCCUGCCACAGAGUACCACGUCUGCCUCACCAUCUCCUCCUCCCCCACCUCCCGCCCUCGGUCCCCUCCCAUUCACACCUCCUGCCUGAAUGUCACCACCAAGGAGGUGGGGUUCUCUGUGGAGCUGGUGGCGUCGCGGCGCAGCGGCGUGGCGCUGGCGGCCGUCAUGUGCUCCGUGUUUGCUUUGUCCAUCAUGGUGCUGCUGGUGGCGUACGUGGGCCGCCGCGCGCAGCAGCACAAGACCUGUGGCCACUCCCUGAAGGUGUACAUGCAGCACGCCAUGUCCAUCCCACUGAACGAGCUGUACCCACCACUCAUCACGCUGUGGGAGAGCGAGGCAGAGAAGGACAAGGAGGAGAAGGAAGGAGAACGAGACGAGGAGGAGGCAGCAGGGAGUCAGAUCAACACCAGCAAGACAUACAUGUGGUAGACGGAGGAGGAGGAGGAGCUGCCAAGUACAGGAACGGAAGUGAGGAGGUCCUGUGACUCUCUGAUGAGCCUGACAGACAAAGGGUAAAACCCACAGGCUGCUGGGGGGCAAGGUUCUGUUACGAGCUCACCAUCACAACCCUCAUUGUCCUCAUGGUGCUCCAGCAGAACUCAGACCUGCUGUCAUGCCAUCCCUUCCUCCACCUCCAGCAGCUCCUGAACCACCUCGUUGGAUCUGUGAGUUCAGAAUCGGACCUCUUUGGGUCGGAUUGUUGUACUGAAGCAGCACAAGUGGAGUCUUUCACCACCCGUGUGGUCCGACGGGUUUGAGGUUCCUGCGUUUGGAUCAUGAAGCCGCUCCCAGAACCAGCUUAAUGAGUUUUUCCAUGAGAAUAAAGAUGGAGGGAAGAAGAUUGACCACAGAGGAACCAGAUGAAAGUGUCCUGUGAGAAUGAGCAGGUGGAAUAGGUUCCUGUGGUGUGAGAAGAACCACUUCCUGCUGACAGGAAGUCUCAGCUGUGUUUGUGAUCUGAUGACAGUUUAAACCCUUCAGAUCCUCACGGGGUUUGAUUCUCCAAGCAGCUUCACGUCUUCCAGUCGAGGGCUUGUCCCGUCAGAAUCUGGACCUUCAGAACUCACCAGAAUCGACUCACCAUCCUCAUCAGCAGCAUAAACCGUCACUGACCUUCUCCAGGACCUCUGCAUCAGUAGCAUGUUUGGUCUCUUGACCGUCUCCGCUGCUCAGGUUUAGGACUGUCGGUAUAAAACGUGCACGCCGUCAGGUCCACACCGAUCUAGGUGCACAUCCAGGUGCGUGGCUCCAGGUGCGUGGGUUCUACAGUUUGCAGGUUUUAUCAGCCAGACUUUAGGUUUCUUUAGCUUCUCUUCAGGAACAAACAUCCAAAGGUUUCUUCGGGCAUUUUGAACAAACGUUCUCACGACGACGAAGUGGCGCUCCGCUUCCCGUUACUCUCAAAGGUUUCUGCUUUAACGUCCGAAGCUUUACUUUUAUGAUCUUUUUAUGUCUUGGAUCAGAAGCUGGUGAACCAGGAGCUGAAACGUCUGAUCGACUCAGACUCCUUCUUGGAGAUAAAGCUCAGCUGAUUCGUUAGAAACCCACUCAGAUGGUUCCCUGAGGAUCAUUGGGCUACCAUGAGCACCACCCAGGGGUCGACUUUCAGGGUUCAGUACCCACCAGGGUUUAGGACACCCCCCCAGAAGCUUCUGAUGUCACGUUUUAUGGAGUUUGGCUGGUUUUCCUUCAUGCGACGCCCCGCCAGAAGAUCCAGGACGUCUUUAGGGAAACCAGAAUCUUCUCAUGUUUUCAGCCGGUUGGUCUUUUGGAUAUUUGAUUCAGAAAAAGUAAGUAAAACACCAAUCAGGUGUGGCAGGUGGUUGGGAGGGUCCUCAUGUGGACUGUUGGUUCCCUUCGGUCCCUGUUCUGAUCCGACUGGACCUGUCCGUGUUACAGAGGAACCAGAAAUCUGUUCACGCCCCUUCAGCCUUUCUAUAUGCACUAAAGAAAGAAGAAAAUCGUGUUUUAUUCAGAGUCUUUGGACUUCUUCCGUCUGGUUCCUGGGGCGUUCUGCUACAGAACCUCGGACUGUUCUGGACACAUGAACCGACCCGUUAGUCCGACCCAGAGCAGCAUUUGUUUCUGUGCGCUGAUGUUUAACCAUCAGCAGGAAGUUCUCGGUUUUAGACUCGGAUAAACCUUCAUUACGGGCGCCCCCUGGUGGUAGAACCAGACACUCCCCUCCACCGCGGCCUCCUGAUGCAGGGUAUUUUUAUAAAGCUUCACUAGUUAAACGAUUGCUUAUUCAACACCGAGCACCAACUGUAACUACAGGUGUGUGUGUGUGUGUGUGUGUGUGACUUCUUCUAUAAAGACACUUUGUCCCUCCA